AUGUCUCAGCUAACAAUACUAUCCAAUGAAGGACAUGACAAACGGAAAGGGAACCCACGCACACAUACACACUCAACUUUCAAGGCACGCGGGAUUACCAAUCUUCCCAUUAUCGUGUCUCAAUUAUUGAAAUUUCCUGAAUGCAAUGAGCUCAGCAAUCUAGGUCAGAUGAUCUCUGAUCGAUGUGUGAUUGAAUUACUACUACACGCAGUUUUGGAUUAUGACUCAACCGUAGGUGCUCUUGUAAGCGGCUUUCCUCGCACGGACAUUCAAGUUGAAGCCCUGAAGAUGUUGCACGACAAAAUGUCACAUCUUUAA